AUGGACACCAAGGCGAAGAUUAGGCCAUUAGAGGAACUUGAUAUUAUUAGGGAGUUUCCCGAUGUUUUCCUAGAAGAUCUGACCCAGCUACUGCCUAAUCGAGAAAUGGAGUUCACGGUCGAUUUAAUCCCUGGUGCAGCACCUAUUGGAUUCUUGGGACAUACUGUCAUCAAGGAAGGCAUCAAAGUAGACCCAGACAAAGUAAAGGAAGUUCUAGAGUGGGAGACUCCUAAGAAUGCCAUAGAGAUCCAUAGUUUUCUGGGGUUGGCUGGGUACUACCGACGAUUUAUUGGAAAUUUCUCACGCAUAUCAGCACCAAUGACAAAGCUAACAAAGAAGGGUGUGAAGUUCGAAUGGACCGACGCUUGCAAGAAAAGUUUCCAAGAAUUGAGGAAUUGGUUGGUGACGGCACCAGUGCUAACCAUUCUAGAUGGCACCGGUGACAUGGUUGUGUACGCAAACGCGUCCCGAAUAGGAUUGGGCGGCAUACUAAUGCAAAAAGGAAUGGUAGUCACCUACGCCUCAAGGCAGCUGAAGGAAUACGAGAAGAACUACCCCACUCACGACUUGGAGUUGGCUGCGGUAGUUUUCGCUUAA